GUCUCAAGACAGUUUUUCUGUGGAACUUGAAAAUAUGCCAGACGGUGCCGGGCUUGAUCACCUGGGGCCUUCAGAAGCUGUAACUCCAAAAACUUCGCGGUCUCCAACUCCAAAGCCUUCGUUAAAACUUGUGGAAGAAGAAGAGAAAUCUGUGGAAAAGAAUAGAGAGGGGACAGAGACAGAAAUAUCGUGCGAAACUAACACUUUGUUCAGCGAACCAGAAGAGGAGAAAACAGUGAGAAAAAACGGUUACCAUAUGGCCCCAUUAUGACUUCUGCUGUGUGCCAAAGUGAAGAGGAGAACCGAAUGGCUCCAGAAGAUAACCCUCCUGUCUUAAUGAAUGGUCACACUUGUCAAGACCCAGAGGGAUGGAAAGAAAAGGGUGAAGAAAUAUCCAAAGAUGGUGACAGAAAGAUAGAAAAGUCUGAGGGAGAAGAGCUAAGGUCUGAAGAGGAAAAAAUUCAAGAGUAUAUGAAAAGAAGUGAUACGGUAGUCAUCUUUCCAGAACCUGUAGAAAGAGGAGAAAAAGGAAGUGCUUCCUCUUCUGUGGACAAUAAAGGCGAUUCUAAGAUAUUGGAAGAUUGUUUGGUUAGCUGUACCCAUUGCGAGCAAAGUUUCACAGGACCGCACGCCCUCUAUGCUCUCCGAGACCACCUGAAGGAUUCACAUCCAAAUGUAGAUGACACUAAUAAGCAAAAAGAAGAACAAAAACAUGCCUGUAGCAAAUGCAAGGCCUCGUUCUCUGACCAAAAGCAUUUAGAGAAACACGAGUUAAUUCAUGCUACUUCUAGCCAGUCCUGCAAGAUUUGCAAUAAGAGCUUUGCCAACGUCUACCGUCUACAGCGUCACAUGAUCAGCCAUGACGAGAGCGCGGUGCUGCGGAAGUUCAAGUGUCCGGAAUGCGGUAAGGCCUUCAAGUUCAAGCAUCAUCUGAAAGAACACAUCCGGAUCCACAGCGGAGAAAAGCCUUUCGCCUGUCCCAACUGCGGCAAGAGAUUCUCCCAUUCCGGCUCCUACUCUUCUCACAUGACAAGCAAGAAGUGCCUCGUUAUGAAUUUAAAGGUUCGCAAGAUGGACAGCAAAUCCUCCCGUGGUAGAGGUACCAACCAGAAUAAUAUUUUCCGCCCAAUCAUUCCAAAACACGUAUCUAGUAGAGAAGGGAUGUCUUUAACUCCUGCAGGCUAUCUGCCGAACUCUGACCGUUUCCCUCCCUUUGUGCCACCUGAGUAUCACACACGUCAGCCAAACCACCAGCACCACACGAUCCAACCUUACCUCCCGGCCAUUCCUUUCCAUCCACUUCUUGCCAGUCAUUUUCAGAAUUCUGGUCUUGCUCCACAUUACGUUCCAUUACCUGGCCUCACAGAUAUGGCCCAUCUGUUACAGUCUAGAGUUUCUGUGUCUCAAGCAUCAGAUGACAAUGAAUCCACCACAAUAACCUCCAUUAAUUCCUUAAGAGAGCAUUCUUCACCAGCUGUUACCUUGCCAUCUGGACCAUCCAAGCUGGAACAUGAAGAUUCUGAUUUUAAACCCGGAGUAAAUGAUGAAAUAUCUGAUGUGUCUCAGUUUGCUUCCACUACAAGCCUCCUACCCAACAGAGAUAUGAAUGCUGUGAAGAAGAUACUUGAGAUAGUGGACGCAACUGUGUCCAAGCAACAGAAAAUUUCAGGAAGUAACAAGGGACAGAAUGGCAUACUUCCAGAACUUCUUAAUACACCUCCAUACUCUCGUCCACUAUCCAUUCCAGGUAACCAAGUCGAAUGUAAGUUAGAGUUACGAGAAACUGAAAACAACGAAAACAGCCAGCCAGGGAAGUAUGUGUGUCAUUACUGUAAUGAAGAAUUCGUGCAUAAUACUGAUCUUCACCAACAUGAAAGAUACAUGUGUCGGGAAAAGUCUACGAUCCCUCUACCUCGGAAUGAGCGUCAAGAAGAACUUCGGAACAGUUUUCAGCAUAUAAAAGUCAAAGAAGAAAUUGAUGCCCAAAAUUUUCCACUGCAAAAUACCACUGGUUUCUUGGAACAAAGCAUGUCACCACAAUUAUCAGCUGAAAGUGAAGAAGACACUUUUAAAGAAUCUGCUGAAAAUGAUGAGGUGAUGGUUGAUGGACGACAUGUUCGUGUUAGGUCUCUUUUGAACGACGAAAGUCUCAACAUUUUAAGUUCUUAUUUUGAAGAUAAUCCAAAACCAACCAAGUUUGAAAUUAUGAAACUUGCGAGAGAGCUGUGCUGUCCAUCACGAGUUGUGCAGUGUUGGUUUCAAAAUUUCCGAGCACGAAAAUGUCAUUCUGAUAGUGUCCUUCUUGUACCUAGCGUUCCGUCAGCCAGCUGUAAUGAUACAGGUCCGUCUCCAGAGCCUAACGUUAUCCCGUUACACAAACCUAUAGGAUCUGACUCACAUCAUUCUAUAACCGUUCCGCAGUAUAGGCCACAGUCUUUCUUCAGCCCGUUGUGCUUGCCCUCUCCUGCUUUACAUUGUAAUGGAGCCAUUCCAACUAAUCGAGUGGUACCUGGUUCAGUGUCCAACAUUAGCCAAGUCCAUCCACAACUUCAUUCAGAACUUUCUUGUACAACACCUCCAGCAUCACCAAACAGGCAUGAAGCUAUGGAUCUCAAUAGAAAAUUAGACUACCAGCCAUACGUAAACAUCGAAACUGAGCAACCUCUGGAUUUGUCCAUAAAACCUAAAAAUAUCAUAACUGUUUCUUCACCUCCCGAGGCGGCUGAUUAUGAGGUUCUGAAUCUCAGUCAAAAGUCCUCGCGCACAUCAACUCCACAGCGAGAAAGGCAAAGAGUCUCACAUGACGAAGGAUUGAAGUUUAGAAAAUCACCCGAUUGUUACGAAAAAGAAGAAGAAAAAUAUUGCAAUUCCACUUAUGUCAAGUACCAGCCAUCGAGACUGUGCUCAACACCUAUUCAUUAUAAUAGAUCUUUAGAUAUAAUUUCAAAUCUCUCUAAAUCAAUAUCUUCCGCUGGCGAUUACUCCAAGUCAAACGGGCACCGCCAACAUGUCUCCCGGGAGCCUCUUUUAGGAGACUUUUCGUCAGUUAGUACCCUACGAGUGUCUUCUCCCACUAUAGCUCCACUGUCACCUGCAAGCGAUGAAAUUCCUCUCAGACCGUCGUCAUCUUCUGACGCAGCUAGUAGGGAAGGCACAGUUAGUCCUGGAAGUUUGAAAAUACACCUGGACAGUAAGACAGUUUCUCCAUUAGGAGAUUCAGAAACCCAAACUGAUGGUACUCGGGGAGAACUGAAGCUUAAGAUACCAAAGAAGAAAAGCUGGAAACAGCAAUUCGAAGCGGACGAGAGUCAGAGCAGCCCUGAUUCAGAGGACCCUGCAUUGAAGAAGAAAAAAUUAAAGAACGGAAAAGGAGACAGCGAGGAGGGGCUGUUUGGUUGUGAUGAAUGUGACAAAGUUUUCAACAAACAAAGCUCCUUAGCUCGACAUAAAUACGAACAUUCUGGUCAGCGUCCUCACAAGUGUGAUGUGUGCAGCAAAGCCUUCAAACAUAAACACCACCUGACCGAACACAAACGACUUCACAGCGGUGAGAAACCCUUCCAGUGUAAGAAAUGUUUGAAACGCUUCUCUCACUCCGGUUCAUACAGUCAACAUAUGAACCAUCGUUACAGCUAUUGCAAACCUUACCGUGAGUAACUGUGGACCUGCGCACCUAGUCGACGUCAUGAGCAGUGUGCUUCAGAUUGUUGACUGAAUUCAAGUUCCAAUCUUUUUGUACACAACAACGAACACUAACUACACUGAGGUUCCAGCCCAACCCAGUAAAGCAGACACAGCUACUUGGGCAUUAGCAACGAGGUGAUGAAGAAUGUUAAUGAGGGAGUACCCAAUAAAUUACCAAUCCAAAAGGAAACCUAGGUGCUAACACUGGGUUAACACAUGUGGAAAGACUUCAUUCCGUACGUGCAAAAAGACACUCUAGUCGACAUUCGAGAGUGCUAAUACAAAUACUCACCAAAGUCUUCUCAUAGUUCUAUGGGAGUGUUCAUAGUCCAACUGAAACUUAGAUAUAAAUAUAUAUAUAUAUAUAAGCUUUACAUCUAUGUUGUUGUGUUUUAUUGAGUAAGGAUCUGAUGUAGUGAUUGCAUAAAAUCAAGAACUCGUACAGUGCUAUUCUUACAACACUAGCAGCUCAUCUUAAUUUUUCGUUUUUUUUUCUACAAAGAUAUAAAGUUAUCUCUCUCUCUCUCUCCCUCUCUCAAAAAAAACAAAAAGUUUCGUAGCAAAGACACCAAAAUCGCCAAAUAAUUAUUUUAGAAUUCGAUAUUUUUAACAAUCUUGUACUGUUCAAUCGUGGCCAAAGAUUAACACAAAAAUUGUUUAACACAAAGUAGCAUAAGUUGUUAUAUAACGUGCCAAAUGUUACAUAUAUUAUUACAACGACUCAGUUUUAAAGCCAAAUAUAGAUUAAUGAAAAACUAUUAUGCAAACCUGAGCGUUUUAAAAUAUUUCACUAAUGUUUUUAAUAACAUGAUAUUUAAUGAAGGUUUCUUUAUGUUUGUGUGUAUGUAUACAUACGUGUUGUAUAGUGUUGUUAUUUUUGAAAGUUUCGACGGGCGUAAAAUGUUACUCCGAAUUUAAAUGGCACAUUGGCUUAACGUAGCUGUUCAUUAGAAGUCAAAAUUACAUUGUAUAGGGAAGUUUGUUUUUUUGAAGUUCGAUGAUAUCAAUUUACAAAUCAAUUAUAGAAGUCAAAAAUGUUUAUUGAAGAGCCAAUUAAAAAAUUAACAUUUUCCAAACAUUCCGUAUAAGUGAAGCUCAUGUGAUAGUUUCUUUUUCAUGUUUACGUCACGAACAUUGAAAACUUAAGACAAAAACUGGGGCAUUUUUUUCUUUAGAAAUACUGCAACAUUCUGUAUCUGUAAACAAAGUAAUUAUAUAUUGUAAAUUUUUACAGAUGUUUGAGCCAGUGGGCCAUUUGAAUUUACUAAAAUCACACUAAAGGUGCCAAAAAUUACCAAAAAUUUCUCUUAUUGUUAUUUUAAUGUGCAAAUUCUGUAAAAUCACAUUAAUGAAUGGCUCGACAUCUACAGAAUCAGUCACCAGAUGUCGCCUUUUUCAUGUUCAACUAUCUGUUGUGCAUUUGUUAGUUUUUUUUCUCAAGGCUGGAUAGUUUUAAGUCAAUUUUAUGUUCCUUUUGUAAACCAAAGAUUUUACAAGAAAAAGAAAGAGCGCUUCAGUUUACUAUAAAAGUAUAAGUGUAGAUGAGCAAGAAAAGUGGCUAUCAAAGAAAGAUCUUCUAGCCAGUUACAUUGACCCAUAUUAUUGCAUUUUCAUUUGUAGUCUGAGGUUAUGUUGGAUAUUUGUAUAUUCGAAAAAAAAAGUAAGUUUUAAUGAUAUAAGUGUGUUUUCUUGGGAUCGUUGCAAAUAUUUAGCUGUUUUUUUUUCUUUGCUAUUUUUGUUAUGUUUUCAAUUUUUUUUAUGUUUUUAUGUUGGUUAGAUUAUUUUAAUAUCAUAUCUAGCAUUAUAUGGAAUCAAAAAGAUAAAAAUGAUACUUUAGUUGUAUAUAGCUUUUUUUUUUAUGCACGUCUGAUUUUUUCCGAUUAAAAAUUUAUCUAUUAAGUGGAAAAAAAAAAGUCUUCUGAAGAUGAGUAACCACAGUUGUAUUUGGUGCUUUGAUUGCCACUUUUUUUCUUUAAACUUAUCGGCGUUUUAUCAGCAUUUUCAGUGAUAUGCGAAUAAUAAUUUUAUUAAGACAAGUUGAAAUAGAUUUGUCAAUUUUUAAUAUAAAUAAUGUUGUUUUUUUCUUUUUUUUUUUUGGAAAAAGAUAAUCAAAUUGAUAAUUUCUCAGAACCACUUUCUCUAAAUAGAAUCCUAACUAAACAGACCAACUCCAAACCAGACACAACUUACAACCCUGGGUACGUUAUCUAACCAAACAUUGUUUUGAUCGCAUGUUUGCUUAUUUUUUCUAAAGUUCUGAUAAAUUUUUAACAGAUAUAAAAUCUUCAAAAUCUGUUUUAUUAAUUUUUUUUAUUAUGUGAUCAAGCAACUUACUCAGUAUUGGUAAUUUCUCAAAUAUCGAUCUGUUUUUUUUUGCUUCUUUAAAAUUGUUUCUAGUUUAUAUGAAAGUAAUAUAACGUAUAGUCAUUGUAUUCAAACAUGACUGAAUUUUUUAACUUUAUCUUCUAAGUAAUCGAAAACAAUGUAAGUGUACUUUUCAAAAAGUCUUCCUCUUUCUUUAUCAAAGUUGUUUAAUGUUUCAAGUUAAGCAUCAGUAUGAUUUUGAUCAUAAGGAGAAAUUGCACGUCUUGAUUGCUGUGUUUAUGUAGAAGUAAUAGAGAUAGUAACUUAAUAACUGCGUCUUCCAACUGUACUUGAAACGAUUAUAUCUGUUAAUGUAAACAAAAUGUCGAACAUUUUUUCUAGUGUUAGAAAAUGUUUUAUAUGUAAUCAUUUACACGGAAAGGAAAUUAAUAGCAUAACCAACUGUUUUGUUAAGUUUAAAAUACGAUAAUCUUCAGUGGUUAACCUUAAUCAAAGUAUCACAACAUAUUUUAGAUCAACAGGUCUAGAGAUAAUCUAUAUAUAUAAGGUAAAACGUUCCGUUCGAAAUAUGCCACUUUUUUUUUUCUGAGUUUAGUGUUGUUUUUUUAUAUAUACAUUUAUUUCAAUGACUUUCCCCAAACCUAUUGUUGAAACUAGAUCAGACCGUGAACAACUCACGUAAUACUACCUAUUGUUGAAACUAGAUCAGACCGUGAACAACUCACGUAAUACUUAUUAUCCAGAAAAGUACUAGUCGAUUAGCGAUACAGCAUAAUAAGCAGUGCACAUAAAUGUUUUGUCUUGAAAACAUCUGCUUAGAAAUGUCUCGUUAGAUUAAUACACACACACUGACCAUCUUCAUAGCCAAAAGGUAAAAAUGAAAUAUUCUGAUAGGCUAGAAGAGACACAAGUGAUCUAAAAUAAAGAGUAGAAUAUCUUUAUGGUACAAACCAUUAUAGCAGCAGCAAAAGUUAUGUAAUCUACUCCUUUCAUAAAUAACGGUCUAAUAGAAACUCAGCACUUCUUCCCUUGAAAAAGAUGGUUAAAAAUGGGACACAAACCAUUAUAGCAGCAGCAAAAGUUAUGUAAUCUACUCCUUUCAUAAAUAACGGUCUAAUAGAAACUCAGCACUUCUUCCCUUGAAAAAGAUGGUUAAAAAUGGGACACAAUGCCAGGUAGAGUACAGUCUGCCUUCAUAGAAGCUUAAGUAGAAAUAACUCCUCCUUUGAAGUCGACUACAGGAAGUUAUAUGGUUUUAAAGUCUUCACCUCUUUCUUUUAACAACAACAUACACUGUCUUUGUCCUUCGAGCUAGGUCAUCUUACUUGUUUUAUUACAAAUUAUUAAUGUUCAUGAAAAGAUUCUAUUUUAAUUUCCAAAUGUGCGCCUCAGUAGCUAAAACAACGACUUUAAUGAAUGGACCUUUUAAAAUGAUCAUUUGGUUUCAUAUUUUACAGAUAUUCAAGGUCAUCCGUUCUGUAAACAACGAGUAAAUGGCAUUUUACCCUCGGUGGGGGGGGGGGGGUUCUUCUUCCGAGCUUUUAUAGAAAACCAGAUUAGAGGCCAAACUCAAAGUGUAUUAUGUACUUGCUUUGAACCUAUCUUGAGUCUGUUUGUUCUUUUUUAUACCACCUUCUGAUGCGUGCAAUAAGUGCAUUGUAUAAUAUGCAGAGAUGCUUAGUCUUUAUCGAUGUGGUUUUUGCGUGUUUUUAUUACCUUUAUUUUAUCUUAUUUUUGUAAUCGUCUAGAGGAUAAAAAUGUGGUAGUUAUAUAAUAUACUUGUCAUUUUAACUUCGUGCCAAGGUUUAUGUGUCAAGUUUAUUAAAAAUAGAUACAAAAGUUAUCCACAGUGCUUUACUCACCACGACAAAGCUGGGUAGCGAAAGGACACUAGGUCAGGUCAACCUGUGUCAAACUGUUGUUUUUCGUCAUCGAAAUCUCAAAAUAUAUAAUUCUCCCUUAAAGCCAUCUACUGAAGACUAUGCUUUACGGGGUUCCGUUAAUGAAUAUUUAUGCAACUAUUUAUUUCCAUGUAUUUUUUCAGAUGAUAAUAAAACUUCUUCGAACUUUCUCA